GGAAAGGGGGAUGGGGGAGCAGCCUUCGAGCUGGUAACGCGGUGCUUUGCUUCUCCCCCCCGCAGGAUAUCAGCGCCAUGCUGAUGAUGAUGGACGUGCACCCCGGGGACACCGUGCUGGAGGCCGGCAGCGGGUCCGGGGCGCUCAGCUUGUUCCUGUCCAGAGCGGUUGGGCCCAAAGGACGAGUUAUAAGUUAUGAAACCAGAGAUGAUCAUCACAGUUUAGCAAAGAAGAAUUACAGGCACUGGCGUGCUGCAUGGGAAAUAGGGCAUAUGGAAGAGUGGCCAGAUAAUGUGGAUUUCAUUCUUAAAGACAUCUCAACAGCUGCUGAGGAUAUGAAAUCUGUAACAUUUGAUGCAAUAACUCUGGAUAUGAUUAGCCCUCAGUCUGCUUUAUCUGUUGUACACCCAAGUCUUAAACAGGGUGGUGUAUGCACUGUAUAUUUAGCAAACAUCACACAGGUUAUCGACCUUUUAGACAGAAUACGGACCUGCAAGCUCCCAUUUUUAUGUGAAAGUAUUGUUGAGGUAACUCAUAGAAAAUGGUUGGUACUCCCUGCUAAAAUCAAGAAUUGCAAAUCAAGCCAAACAGCAGAAACUCAGGAAAAUACUGAGGAAGAAACUCACCAAAAAGACUAUGAUGAAAUCCAUAUUCAGGAUCAAAUAGUUCUUAAAGACAUUGAAUGCAAUGAAUUACAAAAGGAUGUAUUUCUCACAGAAUCAAUUUCUGAUGAUGCUGAAACAUACUGCUCGGUACCUUACGUUGCUAGACCAUCUAAUUGGCAGGAUGCUCAUUCAGCGUUCCUCACCAAGCUGAGAAAGUUUCGACCCAUGAAUUCUUGAUGCUGCUGUGAUGUUAGCUACUAAUUUGAGUGUUGUAUCAGAAUAAACUGUUACAAAAGA